UGAUUUUUAUAGAUUUUAUCAGGUGGCUACGCAGCGUUGCUCGUAUUUAAAGCUAAUAUACCAUAGCGCUGUCCUGAAUCUGAAGAGGCAGUGCAAGUCUGACCCAUCAGAUGCCCAAUCUGAUAUGGUCCACGCAAACCAAGACCUUAGUAAUGCCGAACAAAGUCCACCUCAUCGCCGUUAUGGCAACGCACAAUUGCCGUUGACUGCGGAUAUUCCAACUACAGUAUCACCAUCGAAAGUAGCAUCAUCUCCAACUCCACCUUCAAAGACGACAUCUCAUCCUAGGAUCCGAGUCAUAUACAGCACCAGCAGCCCGCGCAAAUAUCUCUUCAAAUGCAGCUCCCCAAGAUGCGGCGAGACGUUCAAUCGUUCUUACGAUUGUGAUAGACAUUACAACGGCGUGCAUUCUCUCGAGAAGUAAAGAGUGCGCAGAGUCGUGGCAUGUGGCCGAGCGACUAAGAUGGUACAGCAUUCUGGAUGUGUAAAAGCA